UUGCCCCAACAAAUAACGGACUUUUUCUUCGUGCUAUCAAUCGUCGGCUUCUUUAUUGUGCUUCAUUCUUAUCAUCUUGUAGCAAUAGCUAAUAUUUUCAUUCUAUAUUAAAAGUUAGUCAGAGAGAAUGACUUCGGUUUUGCAGCCCCAAAGAGAGGCUCCGAAUGGAACUUACACAUUUUCUAGUCGUCCACGACCUGUUCCCAGUCGUCUCAAAUACAGGGAGCCUACGAUGAUGCAAAAUGAAGGACAAGUUGUGUACGGAAACAUCAUGUAUGAUCGGCGUGUCGUUAGAGGAAAUACCUAUGCGCAUCAAAUCCUGCCAGUUACAUCUCAGACGGACCAAGUCGAGAUUCAAAGGCAACAAGAGGCUAGAAGAAGAGCAAUUGCACGAAAGCGGGAAAAAGAACAUUUUCACUCAAGAACCCCAGAGGCACUUGAGGGAAGAAAGCAUACAGAUGUGCAGACUGAGUUGUACUUGGAGGAGCUGACCGAUCAUAUUGAGGAUGUCAAUGUGGAAUGUCAGACAGAUGCAUUCCUGGACAAACCAGCUACACCUCUCUUCAUCCCUGCCAAAUCUGGAAAAGAUGUAGCCACACAAAUAGAGGAAGGAGAGCUGUUUCAUUUUGACAUGGAGGUGCAGCCUGUGCUAGAGGUGUUGGUGGGUAAGACCAUAGAGCAGGCUCUGCUGGAGGUAAUGGAGGAGGAGGAGCUGGCUAGAUUGAGGGCCCAACAGCAUGCCUUCCAGGAGCUGCGCAAUGCUGAACUGGUAGAGGUGCAGAGGCUUGAGGAACAAGAGAGACGUCGCCGUGAGGAGAAGGACCGCAGAAUUAAGCAGCAAAGGGCAGUCCUGGAGAAGGAGAAAGAGACUGCAGAGAAAAUUGCUGCCAGAGCCUUUGCUCGGCACUAUCUGGCUGACCUGCUGCCCUCAGUCUUCACCACCCUGAGGGACCAUGGCUAUUUCUAUGACCCAGUGCAGAGAGAUAUAGAGACUGGAUUCCUUCCCUGGCUGAUGGAAGAAGUCAGCAAUGCUUUGGACAAACGACAUGCUGCCCUAGCAGUCCUUGACAUGCUUAUCCAAGAUGUGAAUGAUCGUAGACUGGUAGUCUCUCAGAACAGCAGCCCUAAAUGAUGUAUUCCAUUGCUGGGCAGUCCUAAAAUGGAGUUUGAGUACCAAUACGUGUGGACCCAUCAUCAAUGUUUCAUAAUAACUAAAAAAGACAGAUAUAAUGGAUAUAUUUAAUCCUGAAUUGUUUAUCAAUAUAUGAAAUAAAAAAAAAACAAAAAACAAUUUCUGAUGUGUUUUACUAAAAUAAAAAAAAUUAAAUAUAACAUUUUUCAAAAAUCCAAUUUAUAUGUCCUCAAAUUCCUUUUUUUUUUUGCACCUCAAGGAUGGUAUAAAGUUAAUUUUCUGAAAUGUAAUCUGUUUCUGUGGUGUACCUUAAGAGUUUGAACCUGUGGUAUCCUUAAUGCACGCAUUAUUUUCAUGACCUUGAAACUUGCAUUUUGAUCAAUUCCUGCCCUGCACAUCAUGCAGUGCACAAGGGUGGAAGUGGAGUUGGAUGCAACAAAUUGGGAAUUCUAUGCAAAUGAUGUAGCAGAAUGCAAGGUCUUGGUUUUCUAUGACAAUAAAGUAAUUGAAAUUGUACAAAUCCAGAGCACUAAACCCAGUGUAAUACUAAUUUGAUGAUUCAAUUAGCGGGUGAAA